AUGCUCAAAUAAGAGGAUCAAUAUUACGCACAACAAGAUCAACAAGAGAACUAUAGGGAAUACGAAAAGACGGCUCUUUCCAUUUGUGAGUUGAAUUACAGACUCACUCAAAUAGAAAACCAAAAUCUUCAGGAAUCCAGACAAUAACAUAAUAGGAUUGAUGUUGACUUCAGAAAAUAUUUGAGUUCGUUCAGCAUCAUCAAGAAGAAGGAUAACAACAUCACCUAGAUUCAGAAAAUCUUCAAUCGACAAUGUGGUGAUUUUGAUCUCAUCCUCCUCAAUGAAGGUCGAGACAAGAAGGAAUACAAGAAAAUGCUCAUCAAACUUCAGAGGAUUCAGAAGAAGGCUUGGAAUUUGAACCUCGACAAGAGAGAAGACAUCAAAUAAGUAUGCAAUGCUUAUGAAUUCCCAGACAAAAUUUUAGAUGAAAUUGCUUAAGCCAUAAAAAAUCACAAUAGAGAAUGA